AUGCCGAACCCGCGGGUGUUUUUCGACGUGUCGAUCGGCGGAGGCGCCGCGCGGCGCAUCGUGAUGGAGUUGUUUGCAGAUGUGACUCCGAAGACCGCGGAGAACUUCCGGUGUCUGUGCACGGGGGAGAAGGGAGUGGGCCGCAGCGGGAAGCCGCUGCACUACAAGGGCUCCAGCUUCCACCGCAUCAUCCCCGAGUUCAUGCUGCAGGGCGGGGACUUCACGCGGGGCAACGGGACCGGCGGGGGGUCCAUUUACGGGGAGAAGUUCGCAGACGAGAACUUCAACCUCCGCCACGACCGCCCCUUCCUCCUCUCCAUGGCCAACGCCGGCCCCAACACCAACGGCUCCCAGUUCUUCAUCACCACCGUCGUCUGCGACUGGCUCAACGGCAAGCACUGCGUCUUUGGCCAGGUGACUGAGGGGCAGGACGUGGUGAAGGCCAUCGAGCAGGUGGGCACGACCAGCGGCAAGCCCAAGCAGCAGGUCACCAUAGUCGACUGUGGCCAGCUCUCCUGA